CGCCGCCGCCGCCUUUGUUGCCCGGUGCCCGGCGCGGGCGGGCGGUCCCCGGAGCUCCCUCCCUGCCCGCCGGUCUCGAUCUCGGGGCGCCCGCCCGGCCCAUGAAGGGCGCCCGCAGUCGCCGGCGCCGCCGCCUCCUCCUGCUCGGGCCCGGGGGGACGCAGGACUGAAGCGCCCGGGGCGGGCCGCGAGGGCACCAUGGAGGUGAACGCGGGUGGUGUGAUUGCUUAUAUCAGCUCCUCCAGCUCAGCCUCCAGCCCUGCAUCUUGUCACAGUGAGGGUUCCGAGAGUAGCUUCCAGUCCUCCUCUUCUUCAGUUCCGUCCUCCCCAAACAGUUCUUCAUCAUCAGACUGCAAUGGCAGCAGUGGUGCUGAAGGGGCCUCCAAGAGCGACCGGACAGACAGCCUGGUGAAAACCAGCAAAUCUGGGGUCGCUGGCAUGAGCAAGGGUCCCGCAGGGGCGACAAAAUUCAGUGGUAUGGUUCUACUGUGUAAAGUCUGUGGGGAUGUGGCGUCAGGAUUCCACUAUGGAGUUCAUGCGUGUGAAGGCUGUAAGGGGUUCUUCAGGAGAAGUAUUCAGCAGAAUAUCCAGUAUAAAAAGUGCCUGAAGAACGAGAACUGUUCUAUCAUGAGGAUGAACAGGAACAGGUGUCAGCAGUGCCGCUUCAAGAAGUGUCUGUCUGUCGGGAUGUCACGAGACGCUGUCCGGUUUGGUCGAAUUCCUAAGCGUGAAAAACAGAGGAUGCUGAUGGAAAUGCAGAGUGCCAUGAAGACCAUGAUGACCAGCCAGUUCAGCGGUCAUUUGCAGAGUGAAGCGCUGGUGGAACGUCACGGACAGACGGCCUCACCCGCCCAGGAGCAGCUGCGACCCAGGCCCCAGAGGCAGCAGGAGAGCGUGAAAAGCCCCUCUCCCCCACCUUCCGAUUUUGCAAAGGAAGAAGUCAUCGGCAUGGUGACCAGAGCCCAUCAGGACACCUUUAUGUAUAACCAAGAGCAGCAAGAGAGCCCUGCUGAGGUCAUGCAGCAUCCUAGGGGAGAAAGGAUUCCCAAGAGCCUGGAACAGUAUAACUUAAACCACGACCAUUGUAGCCGUGGGCUUGGAGGGAGCCAUUAUCCCAGUAGUGAGAGCCAGCACCACCUCAGCGGACAGUACAAAGGGAGGAGCAUCAUGCACUAUCCAAAUGGGCGUGCCAUUUGCAUUACAAAUGGACACUGUAUGAACUUCUCCAAUGGCUAUACUCAAAGAGUAUGUGAUCGAAUACCAGUUGAUGGAUUUUCUCAGAAUGAGAACAAGAAUAGUUACCUGUGCAACACUGGAGGGAGAAUGCAUCUGGUGUGCCCAAUGAGUAAGUCUCCAUAUGUGGAUCCUCAUAAAUCAGGCCAUGAAAUCUGGGAAGAAUUUUCCAUGAGUUUUACCCCCGCAGUGAAAGAAGUGGUUGAGUUUGCAAAGCGUAUCCCAGGGUUUCGAGAUCUGUCCCAGCACGACCAGGUCAACCUUUUAAAGGCAGGGACCUUUGAGGUUUUAAUGGUACGGUUUGCCUCACUGUUUGAUGCAAAGGAACGUACUGUGACCUUUCUCAGUGGAAAGAAGUAUAGCGUGGACGAUUUACGCUCAAUGGGAGCUGGAGAGCUGCUCAACUCCAUGUUUGAAUUUAGUGAGAAACUAAAUUCUCUACAACUCAGCGAUGAGGAGAUGAGUUUGUUUACAGCUGUAGUCCUAGUAUCUGCAGAUCGAUCAGGAAUAGAAAAUGUCAACUCUGUGGAGGCUUUACAAGAAACCCUUAUUCGUGCGUUAAGGACCUUAAUAAUGAAAAACCAUCCGAAUGAAGCCUCUAUUUUUACAAAACUCCUUUUAAAGUUGCCAGAUCUGCGUUCUUUAAACAACAUGCACUCUGAAGAGCUUUUGGCCUUUAAAGUUCACCCUUAGGGCUAUUUAUUUAUACAUUGGACUGGUUCAUGCAGACUAUACAUUUUGUGCUAAGAUGCUUAUUUAUAGCUUUGUACCCUAUGUGGAGAAAGAGGAACCCUUAAGACAUUACAUGAUUGUUAGAGAUCCCUGUAAUCACGCAAUAAUACUGAGAACUUUUCAGCCACCUGGCAAUGCACCUGACAGCAUCCUCCAUGAUAUACACCAAAUCAGCUGUGUCGCUCUUAAACAGGAGAAGCUACACUGAAUUAUAAUCACACUGAAUGUUAAGGCUUUUUUCAUCUGCCAAAACCAAAAAGAAUUUUCAUCUCCCUGUGGUAUAAACAGAACGCACAAUUAAAAGGAGGUGGGCUCUGAAGUUAUCCUACUUGCAUGGAAAUUCCAAAUCACAGACCAGGUAGGCAGGGUGACCUAACGAAUGGAGAACUGAGCUUGGAUUCAGCCUCCACUCCUCCGGCCAUCCCUGGCCCUGCCAUCAGUGGGCUGCUUGGAUCCUAAGCAAACCUCUUAAUUCCUUAGGCCUCAACCUCCUCAAUGUGGAAAAUGAGGCAAAUAGCUCCUUGGCUUACUUCACAGUGGCAUUGUGAGGGUUAAUUUGAAAAUGUCUGUAAAGCAUAUUUACCUCCUGGGAGAUAGGCACUAUGUAAAUAAAGCAUUAUUUUUCUUCUUACUCAUAAAUAACUUUUUUGGAAUGAUUUCACAGUCCACACCAACUCAUUCAUUAUUUAGGGCACAUGCAUAUGUGUAUGUGUAGCAAUACACACACAUUGCAUGUUUAUGAAUAUAUGAAAUAACAUAAUUUUGUGUACAAAUAUGUAUGUGAAUAUAGUUUUACAUAUUUCUUCACAAUAUUUUAAACUGUGAAGAAGUGUAUCAUACAAGAGGUUUAAAAAUAGAGGUAUGAAAAGAACCAAAUAGGUACACUUACUGCCUACUGAUGAAUUAACCAUCACUUACAAAUGUUUAGAUGUUAUCAAAUUGACUUUAUGCUCUAUUUUUGUUAAUUUAAAGAACACAUAAUGUAAACAUGCAACAAUUACGUCCAAACCUAAGUAAUAUAUUUUAGAGUCUGCCUUUGGGAAAAGAGAAUUAAUUGUCCAAGGUACUAGUUCAUUUAACAACUCAUUUAGCUGAGAUUCCAAGCUUGAGCUGAUAAAAUUUGGGCUUCUGACCACUAUUCACAUACUAUAGCACCGCUUAAAAAGAAAAAAAAGAAAUAGCAGCAAAGUGGUUAAGAAUGUUGGUUCUUUCUACAGAACUAAUAACAUGUAGUUUAAGGAAUAUUGUAUUUAAUAUGUUAAUAGCAUAUUUUUCAUAUUCUGAGACCAUUUUUUUUACACUACAAGGAAUUUUUUGUUUUAUUAUUAAAUAGGGUUUAAAUCUAAAAUUGGAAAGUAUCAAUCCAGUGGCCUAACUUGACCUUCUCUCUGCUGUGCACAUCUAGACUUAGAGGGAGGUAGUAUGUGCAAGACUAUUGGAAUUUUUUUAAACUCCGGUUUGUAAAAAUGGCCUCUCAUUUGUAGCAGUCAGGAAAAAUGCCCGAUGGGAGGUGCCAAUUUGUGUUUCUCUUUUCCCUUCCCUGCCCAGAAAAGAGUUGUUUAGUGGUGUUCUCUGAAAAAAAAAAAAAAGAUGUCCAUCCCUUUUGUCAUUUGUGAAUUGUAUGAAAUUGUGAAAAGAUGAAAGGAGUCUAGUUUACUGAUAUGCCUGUUACUGUCCUGUAAUGUGAGCAGAAUGCCUUAUUUUGUAGUGUCGUUACUGCCAUAGAGCAUCGUGACUAGGAUUUGAACUGCUGCCACACUACUACUUAGCCAAGUGGGGGAGAAAUCCGAGCCCUUCCAUUCUCCAAGGCUACAAGUGGUGGUGACAGACAUCUCUGAUACCAUCUCUCUGAACCAUAAUUGGGACUUACCUUUGACUGGGUAUGACUUUGAUGGACUAUCUAAUGUAGUUUCUGUGAAUUCUUUACAUGGUGGCAUUAUCUUUUUUGAGAGUUCUUAUUUUUUAAGAUAUCCAAGGACCUGGUUUGCUUUCUUCUGUGGGAGUAGACACAGCUUUUUGGGGUAUGUUUGGGGAAAAAAUAGGUCAGAUGAAAACCCAGUUUUUGCCUUUUGCAUACGCCUCUUUAUCACAUGUAUCUUAAAAAAUGAUUAAGCCUUUAGGAAUGUAUAACCAGAACUGUGUAAGUAUUGCUUAUUAAAUUUUAGUUAGGUUCAAUAUAUACAUACAUCUAUAUAUACAUCUAUAUAGGUAUAUAGAUACGUAUUUUGUCUUGUGACAUUUUAUUUGAAUGAAUUCUUCCUGUAGAUGAUGGGAAAUGAAUGGAGAGUUCAUGUGAAAAAUCAAGGUGCAGUGACUCACAGCACUUCUGUGUUGGAAAAUGAUCCAUUUAUUGAAACCUCGAAUUCCAAAAUAAUUAAGCCAGCAGUGUUUUUACAAGCACAUUCUUUUACCAAGUCACUGGUCAUACACUACACUUAGGAAAUGCUGAGAAGACAACUGAUGUGGACAGACAACUUUCUCAGUUGGUGGGACAUGGCUGAUUGACUAAUAAUGUACUGUAUGAGUCCGAUGACAUUUUAAUUCUGCUUUUGCAUUUUAAGAAACAUGGGCAUUAUGUCAGCAAACUAAGGGCAUUCAUUAUGUCAGCAAACUAAAUCUUGUCUGCGCUUUUCAUGUAUCCUUCUAAGACCCUGGGGAUGGGUGGGUCCGCUUGUAGACUGAAACAGCUGAAGAAAAGGUCAAACCCUGUCUUCUUGGGAGGAACUUUUUCUUAAAGGGGGGGAGGGGAGGGGAGGAGAGGAAGACAGGUGGUAAAUUAAUUGCAGGUUUAGAAAAUGUCUGAGCAGGUAAUGGCUAUGGGUUAAGUGUUUAUCUUUCAAAUUUACAUUUCAAGAAAUUAAUGUAACCUGAUAAGAUAUGAUUUAUUUUCUGUAAACAUCAGCUAGACUUACUACUGUGCACGAGAGUAACUGCUUAUCUCCAUUGUUAUGUUUCUUUUCCAGUAUCAAGUUUGCUGAAUGUAAAAGAAGAGUUUAUCACUUAGGAUAUAGAAUUUUUUUAGGGGGGGGGGAGGGAGGAGCAUCUUGAAAUCAUGACUGACAAAUAAGGAACUUGUCUUCAUAUGAUCCAGAAUAAAACUUGAAGCUAUCCUUGCAUUAAAAAGAAAACAAAUGGUUUUUGGGUGUUUUGUUUUUUUUUAAUGAGAGAAAUGCAUUAUUGUAGACAGGACACAGGUUCAGUUUAUCGACAAAAUGAUAACUGAUGAGGGCAUGGACAAUAUCUCAUCCUGUGUUUCUGAAUAGUAGCCUGUACAUGGGAUGGGGCGGGUAAUAAAUAUGCUUUCUAACCAAG